AUGAACCAACUGCAUCCACUUCCGCAAAUGCACAAGCAUCGAGUAACAAACAGAUACGGGAGAAAGUCAUUAAAUAAUGCAGAAUUACGUGUCUCCCCUAGGUCGAUCCAGAUAGGGGAGGAGACAGACGAGGACGAGGAGCACGAUGACAACACCUGCUGUCAUCGCGCGACCUUCUGCAACCCAAUGCUACGAGAGAUUCUCGUGACUGACGUGAUCUCCACGUGUUUCGAGCUACAGCUGACAUGGGCGGACCUUUUUCGACUCGCGACCGCGAUCGGUAUGACCCUGCUGGCCUGGGCCGUUUUGUACUUCCUGCUGGGUGACAUGGUGCUGCCAGGCGGUAGUAUAUUUGGCCUCCUCGUUCUCGUCAUUCUUUCCUACGCGCUCGGUUGGACCCUCGCCGGCAUUCCUCGACUACAUCUACCGCCCGUCUUCGGGAUGCUUCUCGCCGGUAUAAUACUACGUAACACCGACGUCUACAAUAUACAUGACAUGCUCGGGCCAGGCACGACCUCCAAGAUCAGAACUUUCUGCCUGACCUUCAUCAUGGUACGUGCCGGCCUGCAGCUGACGACGACCGCGCUGCGGGCGCACCCGGUAUUCGUAAUGAUCAUAGCGCUCGUCCCGUGCACCGUCGAGAUGUUGACGGUCACUGUCUCGUGCAAGUAUCUCCUCGGAUUCCCGUGGAAUUGGUCUUUCAUGACAGGGACUAUCGUAGCCUGCAUGUCUCCUGUAGUAACGGUCAGCUGUUUGCUUACCUUAGCUGAACAGGGCUACGGAGAAGACAAAGGAUUUACUAGCUUGUUAUGUACUGCGGCGUCUAUCGACGAUGUCCACAUCGUGUCUUUGUUUUCCAUCUGCUUCUCUUUCGUCUUUAGCAACGAUGACGGGAGAACAGAAUGGUGGUCCUAUAUCCCCGGUGGGAUUCGAGAUUUUCUCCUGGGACUUAUAGUAGGAAUUAUCUUGGGCUUUGCCCUGGUCUUUUUCCCUCAUCGCAAUCACAAAUAUGCAACGUGGUAUCGCAUUGGUGGUUUAGCUAUCGCAUCUUUAAUGUGCACUACAGCAGCAUCGAAACUAGCGGUCACAGGUGGAGGAUAUCUCGCCACUAUUAUACUAUCGUUCAUAGCCGUGCACGGAUGGCGGAUCUUAACGAUUUCGUAUGACACGACGCCUUUUCACAAGACGUUUCAUUUCCUAUGGCAUUUCGUGCAGCCGAUUUUAGGAGGCGUGAUUGGCGCCGAUAUUGACUUUAGAAACUGGGCUAUAUCCAGAUUUGGACUUUACCUCGCUUGUGUACUCAUGGGAGUAUCCGUGCGAAGUACUACCGCCUUUUUGACGACGAUUCGAAUGCCCUUCACGUGGAAGGAACGUCUUUUCGUCGCCAUAGCUUGGGUACCGAAGGGAACUUUACAAGCGGCAUUGGCGCCGAUGGCGUUCGAGCGUGCUAGAAAAGAAGGCGACCCCGCAAAAAUAGAAUUGGCCCUCGAUGUUGUGAGGAUAUCCGUGAUCGCCAUAGUAUUUUUAGCGCCACUCGGUGCAAUCGGCAUGAUGACCAGCGGUCCCUACCUCCUGAAUAAGAUCGGUAUCGAGGAGCACCAAAGGAAGCGGGAAUUGAGCUACAUGCGCAUUGUCGCUCUGCAACCUGUUAGAACGCGCAAAAAAACGAAGAAACCAGCCCGCGGUACCGUUACGACUCUCUCGCCGAUAGAAUCGGCCUUGUAACAUUAAAUGUAGAUCAUUUUA